AAGGAUUCUCCUCUCUAGUGCUGCAUGACAUUCAGAAAUUCACUAGAAAUUUUCUUUCUUUUGGAUUUUGCUUUCGCCUUUGACUGGUUCUGCUCAAGCUGUGAUUCUAUCCAAAAUGGCCUACAAAAUGUACCGUGGUACCACCCUGGGUGAGACUCUGCAGGAGACCCUGGACUAUCUCAUCCAGUUUGGAGACUUGAACCCAAACCUGGCCGAGGAUGUACUGGAUCAGUUCGAUCGCAGCGUUAACCGGCUCCUGCGCCACAACGACAAGCCCCAGCUGACCUUCAAGGGCGACAAGUUAGAUGUCUACAGAUUCUGCGACAAGGUCUGGAUCCUAAUACUCAAGGAUGUUGUCUUCUACGAGCGAGAUGGACGUGAGAAACAUGAGAUUUUGCACGUGGGAAAAAUGAAGAUUGUGGCCUGCGAGACCAGAAUUGGGAUGUGAAAACAAACAAGGCCCUAGACUUUUGUUAAAUAACUUUUAUUAAACAACAAAGCCUUUAAAAAGACUUGCAUAAUUAUUAAAAUACUAAAUUAGGAAGAA